GUACGAGAAGUAUACGAGCUAUACUACUGGAUAGUUAGAGACAAGCGUCCCCUUUGUGCCUUUGAAUUUCGACUAUUGACACGUGUACGCUGGGUCCUUUUCUGUCAAACUUUAUACUUAUUUCUAUAAGAUUGACGAAAUAAAUACGAAAAUGAGGAUACUUUGUGUAUUGUGCACUUUGCUCGUCAUCACUGUCACCUCGUUAGCACGUCCGCAGGAUGGAGAAAAUGCCACCAAGAUUACUACUGCAGUACCUUUGACAACUGCGAUUAAAAAAAAUGAUUCUCUGAGCGGUACACCAGCGUCAACGGGAAAAUCUAACGAGAAAUCUAACAAUGCUAUUGCCUAUACCACUCCAAGUGUUACUACUGUUGAAAAACAAAAGGAACAUGCAGAACUUAUGACUACACCCACAAAAACUGCGACUCUUGUAACAUCAGAUCCAAAGGUCGAUUCGACUUUUGCAAUUACAUCAAGCGAUAAAAUCUCUAAUACUACUGCUGCUGCACCAACCAUCGUCACAACUACUACUACUACUACUGUUUCUAGUACUGCAACUGGUAUCAUCACUACAACCAAUGCAGUUCCAACCAAAACCAGCAAUUAUUCUAAUAUAACUACAGCUAUACCAGUUACAACCGCAUGCCCUCCAGUACCAGGUCGCCACUUUGAUGGUCUUAGCUUUUUAGGUGGCAUAAUUUUAACCAUCUGCUUAAUCGGAAUUGGCAUUUUUCUUUGCAAAUAUUGUCAACAUAUCUGCGAAGAUAAAUAUCGUACUCUAUGACUUAUUAUAUAGUUCUAUUGUAAAAUAUUUCAUUUUUCUCUAUACCACUGAUAUAUAGAUCUCAGAAUUAUAAAUCAUAUUUUUAUUUUCGUUAUGUCGCUUAUAUUUCUUUUUAUAAUGUGAAAUGUUACACGAUUUAUGCACUUUUAGAGAUUGGUAAUUAUUUAUACAUACAUACAUACAUAUAUACAUGCAUACAUACAUACGUACUUACAUACAUACAUAUAUACGUACGUACGUACAUACACACAUACACAUACAUACAUACAUACAUAUAUAUAUAUAUAUAUGUAUAUAUAUCCAUCACGCUUAUAUUUCUUCGCAUUAAAUGCGAUGCGAUCGAUGUGAUCGGUAAAGUUACAUUGCUAAUCACAUACGAGAACAAAACGUAUCUCGACGAAAGGAUGAACUUCGCUACGAAUUAGUGAAAGAGUAUUCCUUGCACAAACGAGUACAAUUAAUUAAGAUAGCUUUAUUUUACUUUUAUAUCACCUGUAUUAAAGAAAAGUUAUAGAAUCUCGAGAGAGCAACGAGACUCUUCUUGUUUGUAUAAUAUAUAUUUCUUUUAUGUGUGUAUCUUUAUUGAAAGGAACAAAUGUAUAUAACAAAUAAAUCUCAAAAUUGUUCCACCAGGAACAAUCCACUCACGUAAUUAA